AUGGGACUCUCGACGAUAGAUGCCGACGUUCUUCGGUCGUACACGGAGGUUGUCGAAGCAGCAGCGCCGGCAAGCGAACGAAAGGCCGGAUUUCUGGUUCAACAGCACGGGGCGCUCGGUGAUGGCGGAGACGCUUCGCAACCCGCUGGUGGCGCCACUGAGGCUGGCGCUGCCAACAGCGAGGGCGACGCAGGCUCCAACGUUGACAUGUUUUAUUUCGAGCACGCGCUAGCGACAGCGAUAUCCAGCCAGCAGCAACACAGCGCUGGCGGCGGUGGCGGUGGCGGUGGCGCCCCAGACCCGUCUACGGUGCAUACCACUGGCUCUGCGACCACAACUGAAGGCGUGUCAAACCUCACCAGGCUUGUAGUCGAGGAACAAAAGACACUCGAUCUUUUCCACAAACUCAAGUUUAACUGGCUCGAACUGCAGACAAAACAGUACUUCCUCGAGGUUCUUCUAGGCUGCCCCAAGGGCGUGACACCGAACGAUCUUUGUCCAUCGGACGCCGCCAUUGCCGAACUUGAAAUAUCAUCUGCUCAAGCGAAGCAGGAGCUCAAAAAAAUCAAGCAGCAGACGAAAAAUUUGCACGAACAAAUGGAAUCACUCUGCACAGAGCUGGCUCGAGCCCACGGGAUAUACCUAGCGUCGUUCAACGAAUGCAGAACGGCCGUUGAGGAUCUCUGCGCUCGCGUUCAGGAGCGAGCGUAUCGAGAUCAACUUGUCGAGCGUGAUGCAGAAUUAGCGUCACUGCGGCAGCAGGAAGCUGAGAUGCUCGCCAAAAAAGCCAAGCUCGAGUGGGAGACGCGACCCCUCGAACAGAGCAUCGAUGCAUUGCGAGAAGAAAUCGCAGCUACCGAGACGCGACUUGAAAGUGGUAAUUCAGCGAGCGAAAAAGAGCCAGACGCCGCAUUGCGAGCGCGCUACCAGGCCAUGGUUGCGUGGUAUCAAGCCAUGAUCCCAUUGCUCGAGUCUAUAUCUGGCAUUCGAAUCGAGCGCUUUGAGACUGAUCGCCUAGUGAUCAGCAUGGAACACGCUGUUUCCGACCAAAAACAACAGGCCGUGCUCGAUCUCAUUCCCGGUUCGUGCUUGAUAUCUCGGAUCACGUUGGAACCGCCACCGUCGCCAACAAGUGGACUCGACGCCGCCGAAAUAGAGACACUUCUUCGCCGUGCGAACGAAACGAACGACAUGGGCUGGUUGAUUCGCACCCUUCAACAACGACUCUACUUGUGCGCCCGCUAG